AUGGUCAGAGACUGCAAACAUGAUACAAGAAAUGGUCAGAGACAGCAGACAUGAUACAAGAGAUGGUCAGAGACAGCAGACAUGAUACAAGAGAUGGUCAGAGACUGCAGACAUGAUAGAAGAGAUGGUCAGAGACUGCAGACAUGGUACAAGAGAUGGUCAGAGACUGCAGACACGAUACAAGAGAUGGUCAGAGACUGCAGACAUAAUACAAGAGAUGGUCAGAGACUGCAGACAUGGUACAAGAGAUGGUCAGAGACUGCAGACACGAUACAAGAGAUGGUCAGAGACUGCAAACGUGAUAGAAGAGAUGGUCAGAGACUGCAGACAUGAUAGAAGAGAUGGUCAGAGACGGCAGACAUGAUACAAGAGAUGGUCAGAGACUGUAGACAUGAUACAGGAGAUGGUCAGAGAAGCAGGGAAGG